UUUCAAGUUCCAACUCUACAUUGCCUGCUACCUCUAUACUUUCCUAAUGGAAUGCUCACAAAAAUCAUGCAAGAACAUAGUUCCCGAGCAAAACAUUGGUAGAAAUGGCCUGCCAUACAAGAUGUGUUCCUCAUGUAGAGAAAAAGCAAGAAUGGCUGUCACUGCACACCAAACAAAAAGGAGAGGUGACGAACACACAGAUCCACCUCCACGUCAGGCACCUGCUCCGCACCAGGAGACUACAGAUGAGGUGGGUAGACUUACUGGGGAAGGGACCCCUGAGGUCAUACCUCCAAUACCUGAAAGGCAUGACAGUUCAGACGAGGAUGGCCCUGGAACUGCCGUAAAAGUCUAUGAAAACAGUAACACAUUGUUUUGCGCACUCCAAGAAGACUUCAAGAGCAGAGAGAGUGUGAGCUUCUUCGGCAGCUACCAGCUUGCAGAAGAUCCAUUUGUCGAUGAUAAAAAAAGAGUUGAGAUGACCAUUAGCGACAUAUGGAAGACCACUGGGUACCAAUUCACGGUGAAGGAUCAUACAAAGACUCAAAAUGGCCACAAAACUCGUCUGUGGUGCUGUCAGGAUGACGGGAGGAAGAAAAAAGCCAAGCCAAGCACAAAGCCUGAUGUUAAACACUGUGAUCAUGUUGGCAUGCAGAGGUUUGACUGUGGUAGCCAGCUCAAUGUGUUAUGCGUGAAAUGCACUUCUGGAACUCGUGUUGUGACUAUCCGACUCAAGCAUGAGCAGAGGCACAAACCUUAUUAUGAUGUCACCAUUCCGCCUAAGGCAAUCCAGAUCAUACGCAACAAUAUUGAGUGGAGCACUCCAGUUUCAAUAACGCCCAAGGUACAAGCCCUGUAUCCUCACAUAACAGGAAAACAAGUCCAUAGGGCAUGGACGGAAAUGGGCGAGGUCCUUUGGAAGAAGGACCCUGUCCAACUUAUCUCUGUGUAUAUCCUUCUCAAUAAUACAAACUCCAAGAAUCUCAAACUCUACAGUGUUCUUGGAGAAUAUGACAAUGCAGGGUUUCCCCUGUCAUACUGCGUACUAUCCACAGCAAGUGCCCUAGACAUUGGCAAGCGGAAGGUAGCCUUGACAGCAUGGGUAAAGUGUCUACAUGACACAUAUGGUGUUGUACCCAUCUUCACGCACGUCAAUAAGGACAUGGCUGAAAUUGGCAUGCUCCGAGAGAUCUGGGACGCAAAGAUUCAACUAUGCUGGUGGCACCUACGACAAGCAAUGCAGGAGCGCCUGGCUAAAAAUAAGCUGGCAACAACUCCAUAUAAUCCCCAACGUGCGCAUGCAGAAUUUGCCUUCAUCAACACAACAUUUGUUCCCCCCAGAAAAGCAGACAUGACCAAGUAUGAAGGUGGUGCCCCAGAUGUGUUGCAAGUCAACGAAGCUCCUUGCCCUACCCCAAAUACUAUUCCCCUCCAUAUACCUAGGCUGCCAUUGAUGGUGUCACCACUGACAACAAAUAGCACACCACCCAUUGAAACCGACUGUCAGUGUGACGGUGAUGAGACCACUGGCCACAGGAAAUUGAUGAUCAGGUUGCCAAAGUGGCCUAAAGAGGAAACUGUAGACCAGUUGGAAUCAAUCAAGCACAAGACAACAAAGGAAAAACGCACAUUCUGUCCCAAAAAUCAUCGGGAGAAGAUCAUUGAUAUGAUGGAAAGGUAUUUCUGUGCCCAUCCUCUCAUCCCUGGAUACUCGCACCCAAGCCGCCGAGGGAUUUGUGACUGGGCAGUCAAGCAAAUGUAUCAAUUUUGCAUUGUGAAUGAUCUACAUGAAGCCUGCGCAUACCUCUGGGAGAACUGGUACAGGCUAGAGCGAUGGGAAUUGUGGGCACAAUCAUAUCAUGAUGAGAUUCCAGUGCUCAAGGCCACAAUGAUUCUAGAGAGCCAGCCAAUAUUGAGAACUUGCAUCAUGGCGCAAGGCAUUCAAGUGGGACUGGAAACGGGUGGCAACAACCCCAAUUACUAUGCCGUUGAACAACAAAUACAGACCGAACACACUCACCUGGGGGAUUCAGACAUCCGAGAUGACAAGGAGUCAGGUGAUGAAGGAAUUAUUGACGUUGGAGGGAUAGAGAAUUGGUCUGAUUUUGCAGACGGUAUCCUCUACCAGGCGCAAUUUAAUGACCAUCGAUGGGGGGAGAGCUUGGAGCGGGAGGGGGCAUCCUUGUUUCAGCUCGCCAGUCAUUGCCUUGAGCUGUGGGAUUGUUUGGCUGUAAUACUGGGGGAGAGGGGCCAUACUCACCUUGUAAGCUUUAUUGGUGCUAAAUGGGGGGCUCCCGCGCGCCACCCUUAG